GGCACGGUCGCCCACCCCUCCGAGCCCACUGGAGCAUCUCAACAGUCACUCACAUAGGACUGACAAUGUACAACGCCGCGACUGUAUUCUGGAAGACGUUGGCCGACGCGGGCGUUACGCAUGCAUUUGUCAACUGGGGAAGCGACCACUCGGCGUUACUCGAGGACCUCGAACGGCAGCGCGUAGAGGACGGAAAGAGCCUGUUGGAGAUUGUGACAUGCCCGAACGAAAUGGUCGCACUGUGUGCUGCACAUGGGUACGCGCAAGUCGCUGGCAAGCUAGUAGUCGUGAUCGUACACGUGGACGUAGGGACACAGGCGCUGGCCAGCGCAGUCCAUAACGUCGAUCGUGGACAGAUCCCUGUGCUUAUAUUCGCAGGCGCAUCGCCUUUCACCAUCGAGGGUGAACUGAAGGGUUCACGUACUGAAUGGCCGUUGUGGAUCCAAGAUAUACCGGACCAGGCGGCCAUUGUACGACAGUACAUGCGCUAUACAGCCCAGAUAUCCAGUGGAGUCAGCGCCGCUAAGACAAUGAUGCGGGCUUUACAGUUUGCGCAGAGCGACCCGAAGGGUCCGGUCUACCUCUGGGCGAGGCGCGAAACACUGGAGGAGGAACUCGACGCCCCUCUUGUACAGCAAGGCGUAACUGUCGGCGGCUGGCCUUCCCUUACACCACCCGGACUUCCACCACAAGCAGUCGACACGAUUGUUUCCGCACUCAUCGGUGCCGAAUUCCCUCUCCUCAUUACAGGAAACCUCGGACGCAACCAUGGUGCAGUACCCCUCCUUUCCGCUCUCUCCAAUACGCUAUCUGUUGCGAUCGUCACGUCAUGUCCGUCUGCGCUCUGCAUCCCGCACUCGCACCCCUUCCUCGUCGGCUCUUCGUGGGACGGCCGCACCGCCUUUCUCAAGGACGCCGACGUCGUCGUAAUCUUGGAGGCAGAUAUCCCAUGGAUUCCCAUCACGGGUACGCGACCUAAACCGGGCGCGCGCGUAUUCGUCAUCGACGCGGAUCCGCUCAAGCAGAGUGUGGGAUACGCCCAUGUCGACGCGGAGAUGCUCUGUAAGGCGGAUGCAGAGGUGGCGCUCGGGCAGCUCCUGGAUGCGGCCGGGCGGAAGCUCGAGGAGACUUCGCGCGCGAUAGUUGCCGAGCGUGCACAGCGUUUGGAACCCUUGCGUUCAGCCUGGACGGCCGAGCUCGACGCAGCCGAGCGCGCUCUCGCUCCUGGUGCUGCUCUGCCUACAGUUCCCUACCUUCUGGGGGCCCUCCGGUCGGCGGUACAUGAACAUACGCCUAGCAAGGGACAGAACAUCUUGUGGCUGAAUGAAGGCAUUAGCAAUGCCGGCCACAUCUGGAACCAUAUCAAGCCCGAUUCACCGGGAAGCAUGCUCAUGUCAGGAGGGUCUAGCUUGGGGUAUGCACUCGGCGCGGCCGUCGGCGCUCAUAUGGGCAGUGUCGUGGCUCAGAAGCAGUUCGACAUGAUCGUCGCUAUCGUAGGCGACGGGGACUUCCUUUUUGGCGCACCAAGUACUGCGUACUGGAUUGCAAGCCGAUACGAGACGCCGUUCUUGACGAUCGUGCUGAACAACGGCGGCUGGCUUUCUCCUGGCCAUUCUAUGACGGUCGUCCACCCACAAGGAUACGGCGCGAAGGCCUCUGCCCAGCGUCUCACCACGAGCUUCGGACCGAAGGCACCAAACUACUCUCAAAUCGCUGUUGCAGCUGGCGACGCUUGGGGGCGUCGCGUCGAGUCCGCGUCGGAGCUAUCCGCAGUCUUCACGGAGGCUGUCAAAGUGGUCCAGACGGAGAGGAAGUGUGCGGUCGUUGAUUGCGUCCUUCAAUCCAUCUGAAGAAUCCUCCGCGCUACUUUAUUGGAAUGAAGCUUUGGCACAGCAGACACAGCUCGCUGUCUAUAUCAUGUGUCGCUCGCGGGU